AUGGCUAUGAGCAGGGUUGAGCACGGUGAUGGAGAAGGACAGCCUCCACCACCUCUCGAACAUGGCCCUCUACCCAGUCCCUUCAUCCCUCCUCCGAACCCCCUUCUUCAUCCAACAUUGCUGCGACAAUUCUGUUAUCGCCACUUCAAAGCACUGGAAAUUUUCUGUGCUCUGAAAACGGAACUUCGAAUAGCAGAAGUAGCAAAUUUGCUGAAAUAUUGUUCAAAUAUUGGUGUUAAAUAUGUUCCACAUUUUAAAGUCCAUGAAAUAUCUUCAAAUAUUGAUUGA